UUCACAUUCUGCGUUCCUGCACUUUGUACAGCAGUUUUCGAUCAAAAAAUCCCCGUCGCCCUCGACCGAUUCGUGUCGAUCGGUUUCUUCCGGUUCUUCGAAUCCCAAUCUUCGCCGCCCAACCCGCCGCCGCGCCGAUCGCCGCCGCCGCCGCCGCCCUCUCCGGCGAGCGCCUCUGAGGGAACGGUCCUCUCUCGCGGAGGAGGCUGUCCGUUUUGCGAGGGAUCUUUCCGCCCCUUUCCUUCCUUCUUUUGGCGCUUGCGGUUUCUUUCGCUUCGCCGCCGAAAACGGAGCAUCCUCGGCACUCCCAUGGGCGAUCUUCUAGCCUGGUCUCCUGAAGCCAACGGCGCCGCCCCCCUGGAAGACCGCUCCUCCUCCUCGUCGUUGUCUUCGUCCUCCUCCUCGUCGGGGCAGGCGGCGAUUAGCGCCGAGCUCCUGCGGAAGGCCGAGGAGGUGACCGGGGGCAUCAUCGCCCAGAUUCAGCCGAAUUCCGUGUCGGAGAAGAGGCGAGCAGACGUGAUUGAGUACGUGCAGGGGCUCAUCAGGAAUAUCCUCGGAUUGGAGGUAUUUCCAUUUGGUUCGGUUCCUUUAAAGACUUAUCUUCCUGACGGAGAUAUUGAUUUGACUGCCUUUGGGGUUCUUAAUGCUGAAGAUUCGUUAGCUAGUCAAGUCUGUACAGUUCUUCAAGGAGAAGAACAGAAUGAAGAUGCUGAGUUUGUGGUGAAGGACGUCCAAUUAAUUUGGGCCGAGGUCAAGCUUGUAAAAUGCAUCAUACAGAACAUUGUGGUAGAUAUAUCGUUUAAUCAGCUAGGAGGGCUCUGUACUUUGUGCUUUCUAGAGCAGGUAGAUGAUCUCAUUGGCAAGGAUCACCUCUUUAAACGCAGCAUUAUACUGGUUAAGGCUUGGUGCUAUUACGAGAGCCGUAUACUUGGUGCUCAUCAUGGUUUGAUUUCCACAUAUGCCUUGGAGACAUUGGUUUUGUAUAUCUUCCAUCUGUUCCAUACAUCUCUAGAUGGUCCCCUAGCGGUUUUAUACAAAUUUUUGGAUUACUAUAGCAAGUUCGACUGGGAUAAGUACGGCGUCAGUCUGAAUGGUCCUGUCCUUAUCUCAUCACUACCGGAAAUUGUUGUUGAGACACUGGAACAUAGGGGAGAGCUACUGCUCACUAAGGAUUUCCUGAAGCACUGUGUGGAACAUUUCUCUGUUCCUUCAAAUGGAUUUGGAGCAAAUGCCCGGACCUUUGUUUCAAAGCAUCUUAAUAUAGUUGAUCCACUGAAAGAGAACAACAACCUUGGUCGCAGUGUAAGCAAAGGGAGCUUUUUCCGAAUUAGGAGUGCCUUUUCUUUUGGUGUUCGUAAGCUUGAAAAAGUCCUCUCUGACCCAGAGAUAGACAUAGCUGAUGAACUUAGUGAAAUUUUCUCGAAUACACUGGAUCGGCAUGGAAAUGGUCAGAGGCCAGAUGUUCAGGACUUGAUAUCAGGACAUAAUAAUGUUGACAUAUCUCGGGAAGAAGAUUCAUCAGGUAGGGUUUUGAAUGAAGUACAGCAAGGCUCUGCAAGAUAUUCAGGAAUUGUAGAAGUGGAGAAUACCGCAAACUCCCCUAUGUCAGAUGUUCUUUCAUCUUCUUCUGGUCAAGCAGAUGAGCUUGCUACAUCCCAAAGUUCUGUUAAAUCAAAUGGCUCGCUUAAGGCUUUGUCUUUGAGCAGCUCGGUACACUCUUCCUUGUCGGGUAAAGCAUAUCGUGCUCCUCAUCUUUAUUUUCCACAAUCAUCAACAGAGACAGUGGAGACAAGAAAUGGGGAUGCUGGCCAGGAGCACACUGAACAAUCUGGAAAUGCCGUGGUGACUUCUGUUGCUCUGCAAUCAGGUGCUGCAGAACCAUGUGUAGUUGCUGAUCGCAACGGGGAUGAGAAUGAGCUCAGUAGAAGUCAUGCUUUUCUGUCCCCUCCUGGAUCAAAAAAGCUCUCUUCAGAUUUGAGUCCAGUAUCCCGGACAUCUGAUGAUACUUCUUCUGGCUAUCUUGGUGUUCAAGCCUCAUCUCAUAUUUCUAGAAGCCCUGGACAACUGAAUUCUCUAUCGGAUCUAUGUGGAGACUUUGAUAGCAACAUGAGGAGUUUGGAGUAUGGCCGGUGGUGCUAUAAUUUCACGUUGAGUGGACAACUUCCUCACACUUCUCCAUCAUACUUUCCACCUUUCCCAGUAAAAAAUUCAUGGGAAGUGGUACGAAGGUCAGUGCACCACAGGCAUGAUGUUUUUUCUCAGAUAAGUGCCAAUGGUUCUGUCACAGGGCGACCAGUAUAUAACAUAAAGUCGCCAAUUGUAGCUAAUGCUCCCUUUGGCAUGGAAGAAAUGUCAAAACCGCGCGGAACAGGAACGUACUUCCCAAACACGAACCACUACAAGGAUAGAAACUCAAUGGGAAGGGGAAGGAAUCAUGCACCGGUGAGGUCUCCUCGCAGCAAUGGCCGCACUUUGACACCCUCGGAGACUAAUUUCUCUGAACGAAGUAAUGAGCAUUCACAAACGCAUGGGAAGUCUUGGCCCUCUGAUUUAAAUAAUGGUUCUCCUAUAAGAAAACCUUAUUCUACUAGCAAUGGAUCUUUACAACUUUGUGAAGGCUCAGUAGAGUUUGGUUCUUUUGGACAUCAACCACCGGCAACACCUCUGCCUCUCUCCCUGGAGAGAAGUAAGCAACCAAUCUCUGGGUCAGCACCAACUUCAAGAACUAGUGCAAGCCAUUCGACACCAGGUGCUGUGACUGAAUGGCCAUCGGUUAAUGGAUUGAAACAAGAUAGGAUCUCUCUACAGUCUUACCGUUUAAAAGAUGAAGAUGAUUUCCCACCUUUGUCAGAGUCUGCGGGGAAGGGAUGAGCCAUAUGUAUGGUUCAAACCCAAUUCCAAUUAAUUGGAUUGUAAAUGGUAAACCGAUUAGUCUGAGUUUGAGCUUUUGAUCUCAUGGAUUCCUCAGAACCAUCUGAUGCUGGCGCUGAGUUUUAUAUCUACUGUGUGAUCUAGAGGCUUUUUGUACCAUUUACCAAUUUUUUUUUUUUUUUUUUUUGAGGGGGGCUAGGUUCUAUGUUAGCUUCACGUCACGUGCUACGUGUAAUUUUAUAGGGUGCUUGGGCCGAGGUUUGAUUCAGGUAUCGUUGUUACAUGUUUAGGUGAAUGCCGUGUACUUGUUGUUCCUGCCGUCUGAUGCAAUUAUAAUGAAAUCCGGUUCCUUUGCUGGAUGAACCAGGCA